AUAACUAACGAGCCAGCCGCCGUUAAAAAUCAAAAAGAAGAGCUCCAAUAACGUUAAUGUGUUUUUUAUUACUGCGUACACGCGCAAGUCAACAUCGUACGUGCGCGCUUCCGUGAAGCAGUGACAAAGAUGGCGGCCACCGCCGGAUCAGCCAUCGUGGUUCCCCGCAGCUUUCGGCUGCUGGAGGAGCUGGAAGAAGGCCAAAAGGGAGGCGGAGAUGGCACAGUGAGCUGGGGCCUCGCAGAUGACGACGACAUGACGCUAACUCACUGGAAUGGCAUGAUCAUCGGCCCCGCCAAGACUGUCUAUGAAGGCCGGAUAUACAGUCUGAAAAUAGAAUGUGGACUCAGAUACCCCGAGCAUCCCCCUCUUGUCCGCUUUGUGAACAAGAUCAACCUGAGCGGUGUGCACAAUUCAAAUGGUGUGGUGGACAUUAAGGCGGUGACGGCGCUGUCCAGGUGGAAAAACUCCUACAACAUCCGGAUGGUGCUGCAGGAGCUCAGACAGCACAUGAUGAUGAAAGAGAACAACAGGCUCUCCCAGCCGCCCGAAGGCCAGGUGUACAGCAACUGAGGCCCCUGCUGCUGUCCCUCCCUGUCAUGUACACACACACACACACACACACACACACAGAGCAUACUCAACACUUAACACUGACUCAACCACUUAAAAACCACACAACCAUCAUGUAAUCCAAGACUCUCGACUCCCACUUCCUUCCUCGGGAGUCUCCCAUUGGACAGAGGGAGGGAUGCGCAGGUGACCUCCUGACCCAGUGCCCAGUCAUCCAUUUAAGUUCACGGUGCAGACCAAACAAGAAUACUGUACAUCUUACUAAUGUUAUUUUUUAUUAUCUUUGUGUAAAAUAACAAAUGACCUGAUUGAGUGUACCAAUUAUGUGUGUGUGCGCUGGAAUGUUCCCAAGAUAUAGCAGUCCCUGUUAACGUGGUGAUGGAUUGGAAUCAACUCACCACUCAACAAAUAUACUUCUGUAACCCCGACUGAAAAUGUCGGGAUCAUCAAGUUUUUUUUUUUAGGCAGACAUCAGAAUCUUGCAGUACGCUGAAACAUUCCCUUCACAGAGAAUAAAAAAGUACCUUAAUUAAUGCUUAGCUUGGUUUCCCGGACCACAUUAGAUUACUUCCACAAUCCCGACGAUGUGAAUUUGACGGGCCUUCCUUAUAAACGAGUGCAUGUCCGGUACACAACAAUAAACUGCUACUAGACAUUCAGCGACGUAUGUAUCAACAGGGCACUACUGGCUCAUCACUCAUGUUCUCAGACUUGUCUUCUGUGUGCCAUAUGGUUCAUAGCGCUUUGUGAUAGUGAUUGAUUAUUAGCAGCCAGUGGGAGAGGGUGGGGGGUGGGGAGAGAGGGAUGGGGGUCCUUGUGCUUUCUCUCUUCAGAGAACAUAGUUUGUGUGCUUAGCACCUUUCAGGAUCACCACUGUACUGUGGCCUGUGCAGAGCAGGAGGAGCUGUGAUUUUUUGUUCAUAUGCUGUUUUUGGGUCCAUGUUUUGGUUUCUUUAGUGUGUGGGCUGACCUGUGUAUACUCCAUGGAGUUGUCUCUUCUCUCAUGCAGUGAACGCCCACUGAGCGCAAUGUACGGCUUUGGAUGUUUAUUUUAUAACGGGUUGAAUCUAAUCAGGGUGAUGGUGACCUGUUGCAUGGUUUUAUUUGAAUUAAACAUUAUUACUUUUGCA